AUGAGUAGGAAGAGAUCAAAAAUGUCUACCAGUGGCACUCUCAGUAACUGCUAUGUGGACUCUAUAAUGGGGCAGGAGCCAGAGGAUGUGUACGGUGCUCGCUUUAUUCAGGCUCCACACACGGUGACCCCAAGGCCAUCAGGUGCUGGGGACAACGCAGAUUUCUCCUCUUGCAAUUUCGCACCCAAGUCCGCCGUUUUCCCGUCGUCUUGGUCCUCGGUUCACCCGCAAGGGAUUUAUCAUCCUUACGUGCACCACCACCACCACCACCACCAGUCCCAUCUCUCUGCCUCGGACGGCAGAUAUGUAGGCGUCCGCUCCUGGAUGGACCCUAUUUCCAACCACGUUUCUUUUUCCGGCUUUCACUCCAGCAGUCGCCAGUAUGGGACAAAGCCCGAGGUUUUACCACCGAAAAGUACCGAGUGUGACACGCUGGAAGCGGAGGCUCGACCGGUCGCCGGUGAUUUUGCGUGUGGAGUAUCCGAGUGUGCAGAAAAAGCGGCUAAAGAGCACAUUGGAAGUGAUCUUUCGAACCACAGCGAGCCUAAAGAAGAGAAACAACAACAACUUGACCCAAACAACCCUGCAGCAAACUGGAUUCAUGCACGUUCAACGAGAAAGAAGCGAUGCCCGUACACAAAAUAUCAGACUUUAGAGCUAGAAAAGGAGUUCCUCUACAACAUGUAUUUGACAAGAGACCGACGCUACGAAGUUGCCCGCAUACUCAGUUUAACCGAGAGACAGGUGAAAAUAUGGUUCCAGAAUAGGAGGAUGAAAAUGAAGAAGAUGAACAGAGAGAGGAUCAGCAGUGAUCAGCUAUGA